GUGAUCACUGCCGCCUGCGCUUCCGCCUUUUUUUACACACCACAUUUAAACCCAAGGACCGGUAACUUCGAUGUGGUAUUUAUUGAACGUUUGAGCAGAUCCCUAUUUCGAUUUAUUUAACGACGCUACAUUGCAUCAAUGACAAAUCAUCGCACCACGACCCCGCCACGGUCGCGGUACAGCCCGGAAUAAAAUCCAUGUAACACCGGGCUGCGAGACAUGAGCGCGUAACAGCGGGGAUGGUAACCAGGCAACACCGGAAACGUCUUCCACAGCGUCGGACAGCAUGUUUAAAAGAAGUAAACUGGGAAGUUCUGCCUUAGCAAGAGCCCAGGCCCAGCUCUCUGGGCAGAGAAUACUGGAAAGCUUCAAUGUCUAUGGAGAUGAACUUCAGGACUAUCUGACUGCCUGUAAGCAAAACAGUGCCCUAAUGGGCAGUCCUUUCAACAAUGAAAUUGGUUACCUGAGCAAUCUUUCCAUAGAGGAUACCAUGGAAAAUGAAUGGAAAAGAAAACGAUAUGUAAAAGCUGCAGCCGCUGUAAAACCAGAAGGUAUCCGUGAGCAGCUAUUGACUUCUAAUGGGUUCUUGAAGAAAGCAGAGAAACCAACAGCAGCACAGAGUCUGAAAGUGAGCAACUGUGCAUUGAAGGAGGCUGAUGUAGCAGACUCAAGAAGCCUCAAUGCUGCAUCAGCAAGGGUCAGAUCCUCUAAUGCUGUGCUGGCCAGAUUGGCCCAAGUAGAAAAUGAAAUAAUGAACAGAAAGCUGAACAAACAUCAGAUCAAUGCUGAUGAAAAUGUACAGGUGUCUGAUGAUGAGCAACUUUCCCCCAAAUCAAGUACUGAGCUAAGUGGAAGAGGGAGCAGGUUUCUGAAGAGAGUGGUAGAUACUGCAGCAAAACACGAGUGUAAUGCAGAGGUUCAGAAUAAAGUGGAAUCUUCAAUAAAAGACCUGCAUCAAGCACACCUUAACACUCCAGUCAAAGUGGGCACAAUUGAUAGUGUUGAAGAAGAAAUGAAAAAGAUGUUGGAAGGCUCCCUAGAACUCUCUGAGAGUGAACAUAUUAAAAGAUUACAAAGAACCCCACCACAUGGUUCCGAAUUGCAUAAACAGUCUGUCGUGAGAAAAUAUCCAAGGAGCCAUCUAAGAUUGCCUUCUCCACCCAGUGCUGGCUCCCCACAGCUGAGUCUGUCUCCAAGAAUGAAAUUUGUAAAACGUAUCCCAGUGUCUUCAACUGAACAAAGUGAGAUUAAAUCUCUGGAUGAGCUCUUUACCGAGCCUUCUGCUACUAAGGAUGUCAGAAGCCUUGACAGUGAGACCUCUGAUGAAUUCAAACUAAAUAUUUUGACUCUGGAGGAUUUGAUUCCAGCUGUAGAACAGAAAAGUACAAAAAUAUCACCAACUUUGAAGGAUGAAGAGGGACAGCACUUGGGUGUUCCAAGCACACAGUCAACUUGUCACAAUUUAAGGUCAAAUGUGACAAGUGAGCUUGUCCGUUCAUGUCUCCAGUCCACUAAAUUUUCAAGAGAGAAAGAUGCAAAUCACUUGGAAAAUGAGAUUUGGGCAAAAUCUGAUGCAACUGGAAGUGAAAUCUCUGAAUAUUUAAAUGGAGAUUCUAAUGUGUCAAGGAAGGAAGGAAAAUCUUCAGAGAAGUUGGCUGAACAAUUAGAAGAGGAUGAUCUGAACACUAUGUGUUCCGAAUAUUCAGAAGACUUUGAAACUUCUAACUGUGAAGUGUCCUCAGUAAAAAUGGAUGAGGGUGAAUCACAUUUUGAACAGUCAUGUGAAGAGGAGUCAAGGACUGAUUAUUCUGAUAACACUUCCUACUCAACCUCCUCAUCCCCAGGUCCAGACCAUUCCAAGUUGGCAACCUGCACAGAAUCUCCCUGUUCGGAUAGAAAAGUGUGGAAAUCACUAUCUAAAGUGACUGUGAAAGAUACAGCCAUACAGACACAGCUAUCCAGUUUUCAUUACACCUGGCACAAAGAUGAUGGAGUGGCAGUACUUGGAACAUCUCUUGGGGCUGCAAGUGUGGAUCCUACACCUAUUGCCAGUCACAUUAUUAGCCCCGAGGCAAUGGAAGCAUUGACUUCAUACAGCCCCGCCAGCUUAGCUCUAAAUGACUUGCUGAAACAGCAGCUCACUCUGACUCGCCAGUUUGUGCAAGUCAGUCGUCUUCUCUACUUAUCCAUUGUUGCCUCAAUAGAAGAGGAUCAGUAUCAUUACACAACUUUGGAAGAAACUAAAGAGUUUGUCAGUAAUCAGAGAUCACCAUCACUCACCUUGGAGCAGGCCCUGAAAGAGGUGCAAGACGAAAUGGAGCAAUAUCAUAACAUGUGACGGCCUGGUUUGGAAGCAAGUACAGCUCUGGUAAUGAUGGAGAGAAGAGCAACUGCUCCCAAGAUCAAUAUUCAAAUGAAUGUUACCCAGUAAAGCAAUCACUGUGAUCAUGCUGACCUGUUAAUGCUUGUUUUCAACCACUCAUUCUGUGUAAAUCCAGGUAUUUAAAUCCUACAGUAAACACACUUUAAUCCUUUGCAAUAAUUACAAGUAGAUGCACCUGGUAAAAUGUACAGAGCAACUCUUACACUUUGUGCAAACAGACUGAUUAUCCCUGCAGAGUCUGCUAAAUUUUCAGUUUCUUUGCAUCAAUAACAGUCAAUUUGAUGAACCAUGUUCACUCAUUAAAUGUUUUGCAUUUUAUCGCAGUCUGACUCCCCUUGAGAUUUGUUUGUAAGAAGAAUUUGUAUGUGAGAUGAAUUAAUGAGAAGUACUUUUAAAGCCUUGUUGUGAAUGCAGUCAUUUGUUCAGUGUCCAGCAAAUUAGGUAGUAAACUCAUUACAUUGUUUUGGGAGAAUUGGUUGAAAGAAUACCAGCAAGGAGAUUCUGUUCAAAUGUUGAUAUGUGCUCGUUAAUAAAACUAGCCAGGUCUUGUAUGGUAUGAAGCAGCAUGGCAGGGAAACUAUAGUUUUUCAGUGAAAUUUGAUUGUUAAAAAUUCUUGUCCAGGCCCAGUCUCUCCCUAUAGUCUGCUGGGGGAGAAGCUGACAGCGAUGCAGGUGGAUGCUCCCCUGGUGUCAUGGGUUCUUGAUUACCUGACUGGCAGACCACAGUACGUGUGCUUGCAACACUGUGUGUCCGACAGAGUGAUCAGCAGCACUGGGGCUCCACAGGGGACUGUCUUGUCUCCCUUUCUCUUCACCAUUCACACCUCGGACUUCAACUACUGCACAGAGUCUUGUCAUCUUCAGAAGUUUUCGGAUGACUCUGCCAUAGUUGAAUGCAUCAGCAAGGGAGAUGAGGUCGAGUAUAGGGCUACUGUAGGAAACUUUCGUCACGUGGUGUGAGCAGAAUUAUCUGCAGCUUAAUGUGAAAAAGACUAAGGAGCUGGUGGUAGACAUGAGGAGAGCUAAGGUACCGGUGACCCCUGUUUCCAUCCAGGGGGUCAGUGUGGACAUGGUGGAGGAUUACAAAUACCUGGGGAUACGUAUUGACAAUAAACUGGAUUGGUCAAAAAACACUGAGGCUGUCUACAAGAAGGGUCAGAGCCGUCUCUAUUUCCUGAGGAGACUGAGGUCCUUUAACAUCUGCCGGACAAUGCUGAGGAUGUUCUACGAGUCCGUGGUGGCCAGUGCUAUCAUGUUUGCUGUUGUGUGCUGGGGCAGCAGGCUGAGGGUAGUAGACACCAACGGAAUCAACAAACUUAUUCGUAAGGCCAGAGAUGUUGUGGGGAUGGAACUAGGCUCUCUCACAGUGGUGUCUGAAAAGAGGAUGCUGUCUAAGUUGCAUGCCAUCUUGGUCAAUGUCUCCCAUCCACUACAUAAUGUACUGGGUGGGCACAGGAGUACAUUUAGCCAGAGACUCAUUCCUCCAAGAUGCAGCACAGAGCGUCAUAGGAAGUCAUUCCUGCUUGUGGCCAUCAAACUUUACAACUCCUCCCUUGGAGGGUCAGACACCCUGAGCCGAUAGGCUGGACCUGGACUUUUCAUAAUUUCCUGGCAUAAUUUACAUAUUACUAUUUAACUAUUUAUGGUCUAUAACUAUUUAUUAUUUAUGGUGCAACUGUAACAAAAACCAAUUUCCCCCUGGGAUCAAUAAAGUAUGACUAUGACUAGUUCCUGCAUGAAAGUUAGCACUAAAAAGUCCUCCUUCAAUAAUACUUCAAAAUAAAUUUAAUAUUUUCAGUGGGAUAUUACUAGGUCUCUGAGAAUAUCCCAACACAGUAAAUUAACAUUUAUCCUAAAGUUUCCUGCUAUUAACAAAUUACCCUGUUAAAUUCUGAGAUCACAGUUGAAAAUGUUACAAACAAUGCUAUCUUUCAUAUUGAACAACUACUUCAACUUCAUUGACUUUUUCUGGAUCAAACUUUCAGCUCUGGAUUCUUGCAUAGGCCCAAACAACACCAUGCACAAACAACACCACCACAAUACCAGUCCUGUUUCAGCACCUUCUUUAACUCCUUUUUCAGCAACUGCAUGGACGCUGCUUCCUGCAUCCAUACAGAGCUAUAAAAUUUGACGACUUUGGCACCAGUUUCCGCCCUGCACUGACUGACUUUCACAUGGUCCAUUUUCCUUUCUGCAUCCAUUCACUUGUCUCUGUCUCAGUGGAUAGAUGAGUAGCCACCAACCACUAAAAGCUGAAGAUUCUCACAACUGCACUUGUCCUCUUGUGAGGACUCCAUUCUUUGCUCUUAUUCCAUCAUAUAUACUCUGCUGACAGCACUUCCAGCACUGGCACGUCUCCUUUUUUCCUUAACAAUGACUUUCCUUUCAUCUCUAGGA